UUUCCGAUCUCAAAGCUGAUCCUGUCUGUAAAUAAAUAUGUGAGGUUGUGGUUUGAGUUUGUGAAUAAUUGUAAGUGGGUCGUGUUUUAUUUUAUGAUUGCGACUCAAAUUAUUUAAAACAGUUAUGUUAUCAAUUAAAUUGUUUAUUUUAUUAGAAAACAAUCAAGGAUUUCCCCUGCUAUAUUUAUAAAUCAGUCCAUCGCUCUCUGUUCAGAGUGUAAAAUUUAUUCAUAGAUUUUAGGGAGUGAUAGCUUAAACUUUCUUUUUCAGUCUAAUGAGUUUAAAGGGUACACACUAAGCGAUGAAGGUGGUAGCUCUGGUUAGUGGAGGCAAGGACAGCUGUUUCAACAUUUUACAAUGUGUUGCAGCCGGACAUGAGAUUGUUGCGUUGGCCAACCUGAGACCCGAGUCCAACCUACGAGAUGAGUUGGACAGCUAUAUGUACCAGACGGUGGGACAUCAGGGAGUUGAUCUAUACUCAGAAGCUUUAGGUCUUCCGUUAUUCCGUCACAGAACCCAAGGCAAGGCUCUAAUUCAUGAAAAAGUUUACACGGUUACUCCUGAGGAUGAGGUGGAAGACUUGUACAAACUUCUAGCUCACGUCAAGGAAAAAGUUGUGAUUGAAGCAGUCGCUGUCGGAGCUGUACUUUCUGACUACCAAAGAAUUAGAGUUGAAAAUGUUUGCAGCAGGCUAGGACUGGUAGCGUUGGCCUACCUGUGGCGGAGAGACCAAGCCCAGCUGUUACAAGAGAUGGUGGACUGUAACAUCAAUGCAAUCAUCAUCAAAGUGGCAGCAUUGGGACUAGACCCUGGCAAACAUCUCGGCCUUCGCAUAUCCGAGAUACAACCACACCUGGUGAAAAUGAAUGAAAAAUAUGGCUUAAAUAUUUGUGGGGAAGGAGGCGAAUACGAAACCUUUACCCUUGACUGCCCUUUGUUCUCAAAAUCAUUGGUGAUAGAUGACUCCGAAACAGUUAUUCACUCCAACGAUGCGAUCGCUCCGGUAGGAUACAUAAACUUUGUCAGGCUCCGUCUGGAUGAUAAACAGGUGGAUGAAGAUUUGUCAUUUCUGGAGCGACUUGCUGGUUUGCCAAUCAAGAACUCGUUAGAUUACAUAACUGACAUUGACGAAGAAGACAUAGUUGACUGUGAUAAAGACCAUGAACCCAACGAAAACGAGACUAAAGACUGCUUUGACCAAAUGUCCUUGGUUGAGCCGGAAAGGUUGCUGUUGAUGCGAGAGCAGGAACCUGUGCCAGAUAAACCGAGCAUUGUUAGAAACUCGUCUGGUUGGUGUUGGAUCGGUGGAGUGACGGGGACACACACGGACAGUGCCCAGGCUACCUUGGAGGCUCUUGGCAAACUGUGUGCUUUGUUGGAGACAGAGGGCAUGUCGCCGGUGGACCUGGUCCGUGUGUGUAUGUUCGUCAGCAGCAUGGCCGACUACGCAGCAGUCAAUGCAGCGUACGUGGGUGUACUGAGUCAUGUCAACCCACCCGUACGGGUGUGUGUUGAGGCCCCGUUGCCCCCGGAGUGCCCGAUAGUACUGGAGGCGACGGCUCAUCGUAGAGCGGAGGUCGCCCGACACACCAUGCAUGUGCAGACUAUUAGUCACUGGGCCCCGGCAAAUAUUGGACCUUACAGUCAGGCGGUCAGGAUAGGAGAUGUAAUCUAUGUCGCCGGUCAGAUUGCCUUGGUGCCUGGUUCUAUGCAGUUGGUCCAAGGAGGUAUCCGUCGACACAGCCGACUCGUGUUGCGACAUGUUGAUAGAGUGAUAAGAGCGAUGGACCCUAACACCCAGAUCAGGGAUGUUGUUCAGGGUGUUUGCUAUGUGACCAAUGCAGCCUACAUAGCCGAGGCGAGACGAGAGUGGGAGCGAAGGACUAACAACGCCAUCACAGAUUACGUUGUGGUACCUGCACUGCCUCGGGGAGCUCUGUUGGAGUGGCAGGUGUGGGCUCACAGAAGCAAUGCAAGGUUCGAGUACGAGGAGACUGGUUGUGUGAUUGGUGACUGCCGUGUGUCUCUCAGGCGAAGGUGGAACUACGACAACACUGUAGCCGCUGUCGUCUGUAACGUAUCUUCAGGCAGUUCAGCCUCCAACCCAACGUUAGGGAACUCUCCGACCGCGCGGGAGGAGCCACUGUCAGAAUCAGACCUGCGCGAAGUGCUGGGCUAUUGUCUGCUGCGUCUACACCGAGGUGAGCCACCGCCUGUGUCUCGCGUGUGUGCGCUGCGCGUUUUACACCGCGUGGGUCACGGGCCGUCCUGUCACACCAUACACAACGCUAUAACGCAGCUAGCAGACGUCACUGUCGCCCCUACGAUACUACCCGUUUGUCAACUCAACCAUCCUAACACCUUUCUGAGUCUUUGGGCGCUACGACACCAGUAGAGGCUCGUCAGAAGAUAUAUUUUAAGGCUAAAGAGGGUAAUGUUAUUUUAACUGAGCUUUAAGGUAAUUACUGGACCAUGGAAUUAUUUUUACAGCUGUUAUAAUUGUAUUUUUGUGAACUUAUUGCUUUAUCGAAAAUGAUUUUGAAAAAGGAUCCAUUUUUUUCUGCAUAUAGGAGAACUCUAACUAAGCGUAGAAAUGUCGGCUGGAAUAUGGCUUUAAAAUAGUGUAAUGUUAUUUUAAUUGUAUGUGCUAAGGUAAAAAUUACUGGACCAUGGAAGUUUGUUUACAACUGUUAGGAUUGUAUUUUUGUGAUAUUACAUCAUUUUGCUUUCAUUUUAAAUAUUCCCGUAUUACUGAGAUGUACUACGAGUGGUUAGAAUACCUGUUUUUAUAAUCCUAUUGGUUGUGGUUCACAUGAAACCAUCAUCAGGCAUCACAAGGACAACAACAUCGCAUCUGAAGGUCGUCAUAUUUCACACACACUCCACAGGACUAGAGUUUACCCUCCAGUAACUAUCGCUGCAACUAAAACAGCUGCCUAAUGAUGCGUUCCAAAGCGAACUGAAACUAGUUGCCAUCGCAACCAAUAGAAUAACGAACAACUAAAUAAUACAGGUAUUUAAACCACUUACUGUAUCGUUUUUAUCUAUCAAAGUGAUUAUGGAAAUAGUUUUUAACCUAAUUUCUUCUAAUUUUUUAACCUCAAAUAUAUUUAUUCAUAACAUUACAUCGGCGUGGUCUAGCCAAGUUUACAAAACCUGUUGCCGAGUUCCAAAUAAUUCAAAAGGUUAGAAACAAAUUUAUUUGUGUUUUUGUUUUGUUUUUGUAAGCACAAAAAAUAUAUAAAUUACAAGAUUGGUGGUGUGGCAGGCACUUAUCUUGAAGAAGUGUAAAUAAUUAUUGAAGAGCUAAAUUUCCAAAAGUUAUUUGAAACAUGUACAAUCUAACAACUAUGAAUACAUUUUUUAACUUCCAUGGUAGAGCUACUGCAUUUUCAUGAGUACAGCGAGUUGCCAUAAUCAUGUUUAAGAUUUUCCAGGAGAAAUUUGCUUACUAAGGGAUUUUGUUUUAUACAAUUCAAACUUUAAAGUUGAACAAUGGGUACCGUGCAUAUUUUUCCCAUAUUUAGAUAUAAUAUAAUAUGUUGUUAUUUUUGUUAUGUAGAUUAGACUAUAUUUUUAAUUAGUUAGACUAGUAUCUACCACAAUGGUGUUGAAUUUAAUUUAUAUAUAAAUCAGUUUUUAUUUUGUUUAUGUAAAUUAAUCAACCAAAAGGAAUGUAUAGGGAUUAGUGUAAAAUUUAGACGUUUUCAAUUACUUUAGUGGAAGGAAACAUUUAGUGUUAUUUGUACUGCAUUUAGAUUACUAUACUUACAUUUUUAUACUUGACUAAUUCACUGUUUCGAUAUUUUUUCAAAUUUUUAUAUUGGUUUUGUGAAAUUUUGAUGGUUUCAAAAUCAUGUGAAUUCAAAAAAGGAGCUUUCCUUUCCACCAUAUUUAACAGUAAAGCAAAAGAUUUUUUUAAAUGAAACACACUGCUGAGUUACUCAAUUUCCAAAAUGAAAUGUAUAUUUUUUCCAGAUUUGUUAUUCUGUGUUGCUUAAAAAGCUUAUACCUACCUAAAUAAUAAUAUCAAAUAGUUCAAAUCAGAGUUAAUACUUUUUUAAACUUUAGUCGUUCUUUUCUAUUCUAAAUUCCUUAGUAAUGUAUAACAGCUUGUACUUGAUCUAAACUUUGUUUAUGGAUUAAUCAAUAUAAUUAAAUUAUAAAUAAAUAGUUGAGAUUGUUCUUUCAAAACAGUUCUAGGCCUAUUUUGUUAAUCCUUGCAGUUUAAGAAAGUUGUUAACAUUUUUAAUAAUAUUCCAAAAACUAUUACUGUACAAGUGAUCAAAAAUGUUUAUUGAAAAGGAUAUUACUUCAGCCAUUAACUCGUACACUGACAGUAAACUUCUCAUCAUAUUAUAACAUUUGAAGUGUGUUUUUUUGUCCAGUUAUGUGGAAUGUGUUGUUGACUAAAUGUUUUAUUUUUAUUUUACAGUGUUCCUUUUACUAUCUGGUAGAGCAGAAUCAGUAGUUAGCAAAACAGGUUGUACAGUAGAACCCCGCUAAUCUGUCUACAGGACCAUGUAGCUGGGUACAUAGUGCCCAGUGGUUAUAGUGCUCGCAUAGUAAUCAAAACUUCGCUGGUUCGAUCCUGAGAAAAGUGUGUAGCUUUUUGAUGGUUCGAAACUGGACCCAACUGUUCCUGAUCAUUAUGCUUUUAAUAAAUGUCCCUAACUAAUAAAACAGCUGAUCUUAGUCAGUAACAAAGCUACGCAAGGCAUCACAUUUCUAAUUAUAAUCUCAUAGAAAAUUCUACACUCAUCCUUCACUCAUAUUUGGGUGAAAAUACGCGCAUAGGGGGCGGGCGUCCCCAUCUCAAAUGAAUAUGAAUACGACCAGCACCAGGGUGGGAACAAUGAAAAGGUCGAAUUAUCCAAGGAGCAUAUUAAAUUACUGAUAUUUUUUGAUCAGGCUCGAUCAUAAAGUUCCCAAUCGAUCAUAAUUUUCCCAUCACCGCGCGAGGCGUUAAGUAUUUUACCACUAUAGGGAGACGACCAUGGUGUUUUUAUUUUCCGCAGGACAUAUUCAUGAGUUGCCAAUUCAACGAUAAAAUUUCCAUGGUUGAUCAAGACGAUGAAAAGUUUUUUUCUCUGACUGUGAAAUUUGUCUAGGAUCUUUCAAUAAUUGCGGGAGACGAUGAUAAUGUUUCCUUGACUGCGGGGGAUGAAGAAAAAUUUGUUUGCUGCGAUUGCAAGAGUCAGUGAUAAUCCAACCAUGGCAAAUAGUUACAAUAUUACACGAUAACAUUGUCACCGAUGGCGAUAGGGCACCUAAGUGACACGGUCAGAUUAAGCUAGGAGUCAGGCUAGCAGAGAUCGGAUUAGCAAGGUUCUACUGUAUGAUUUUGUUGUAUGAAUUUUAAAUUUCAAAAUAGGAUAUAAAUAGAGGGCAUUAACAAACUAACAGUUUACAUGACAAAACAUGUGUGUUACAAUUUCCUUCAACAACAUAGUAGCCUAUAACGGUUUGACUUCUAUGUUUCUCAUGUUAUUUUUUUUGUUUUUUCUUCACUGACCACUUUUUUAACCACUGCAGCUGGUUGAAAAAGUGGUCAAUUUCUACUUUUGUGAUGUAUUUUAUGUGUCUCUAUGGACUUAUUUAAAGGUAAGCCUUCUUUCCUGUCAAUUUGCUUAAUAAUUCCUGGCAAAUGCCCUAUCUUUUUAUCAGAUAAUCUUAUCUAUAUACUGUACAGUAAAUAUUAACUUCGUUGAGUGCGGCAGCCAUUCAAACAGGCGCUCGCCAAUUGCGGCAAGGCGCGGGCGAAGCCCCGGCGCGGCAUCGUAACAGUGAACGCAAUUGGCAUUCAAAUAUUUCAAUCUGACGAAUAACAAAAGAGCAGCAGUGAUUGUACUACGUUACCCCCGAGACCGGACUUAGUUCCCUUAAACACCCAAAGUUAGCAGUACUGCCGGGAUCAGUAGUUAGUGGCUUUUUAAUGUGGCUUGAAGAGAGAAAAUCCCCGAAACCGGGACAAAAGCAUUGUCGGACAGGAUUUUACGGGAAAUUUUAGUACCAACCUACACCAAAAUAAAGCUCACAUUCUACGCUACAGGCUAGCAACGAUUAUAACGUUCUCCGGCAAUGGCUGAGCUCAUACUGAACUAAUGUAAUGGGGGUUGCGCAACUACUGUACAUCAAUUGAUGUAGGCCGAUAAGAAUGCUCGUGGCGCGACUACAUCAAUUGAUGUCGUCAGCACUCAAUGUGUUGACAGCUGUUUUACAACAAUGGAAGCACUAGGCUAUUUCUCUAUCAAUCAUUGGCCAUAGGGUUAUUACUUUACUUUGUCGUUAAGUAUAACGUCACUAAAUUUUAACUUUAUGUGACUUAAGUGUAGGUUUCUGGGAUUGUUGAUUUUUUUUCAUCUACUCAUGGAAUUGUCUUAUUUUUAUUUUAUGUGUCUCCUACCAAGUUGAAUUAAAAACUUAAGGGACUUACUAACCAUUGUUUUAUUAGGUUACUGACAAUCUUUUUUGCUGAAAGUACUGGGGUUAAGCAAGUAUUUAAAUUUUGUUAAAAGAAUCACUACAAAUUAUAUAAAUAAAUAAAUUAUAUUAAUACAUGAACUGACUAGAGGCUUUUAGCCUGUGAAAACAAAGAAGAUAGGAAAGUACCAAGGAUGAAGAUUGUUUUAAAUUUUCCAUGUCUACUACAUUGUGUAAUUAAUUAUAGUUAAACCAAUUAAAUUAGAUGAUCAAUUAUACGAGAAUGUAGUUUUCAUUAAAUAUGCUUAUACCAAACAGCUUAGAAAAAAAUCUCAAUAAAUAUUCAGUAUGCUCAUCAAAUUCUCGUGACAAUGUUUAUGUACCAAAAUCUUAAAAUAUAAUUUGAUUUAUCUUACGCUCUCAAUCCCAUUCUUAGACUAUAAAUACAAUUCAAUCAAAUAGGUUUCUUUAUUCUACUAUUGCACAACUUAUUUUCCCUGACCUGUCUUGCACAGUUGAUGGUUUACAAUGUAUUUAUUUUAUAUUAGCUCAGUGUUUUUUUUUUUUUUUUUAAUUAAAGCAUUUGCCAACCCCAGCAAAAUUUUACCAAAUUGUGUUCAAGUCUUACUGGUGGCAUGUUUAGGUUAUCUGGUGUUUUUGCCAUGUAGCUGGUGUUCCUUGUUUUUAAUUAAUCUUUAGCUGGGCUCUUUGUGAGUAUAUAUUUUUAAUCUACUGUAAUAUAGAUUUUCAGUUUGACCUCAAAUAUGUUGUUGUUACAAAUUGUAUCUUAAUCAACUAUGGUUUAUGUUAUUUUGGUUUUUUAUUCUAUUUUGUAUUUUGUUCAAAGACGUUACUUGUUUUUAUUUUUUCCCAAUUCAACUUACAGAAAAAGAAAUAUAUUUGAAUUAUUUUGUUAUGUCUGUUUCCUUCUUGUACAUCCUUUUGUUGGUAUUGAAAAUUGUCCAACAGCUAAAUUAAUUAGGAUUAUAUUACUGAAAACAAUCGUGGUAACCA